GAACCAUAUCAUUCAUUGUGAUCUAAUAGAGUAAUAGAGUGAACAAUUGAAUUAUAAAAAGUUAUUAGUUAUUCGUCAAUUAAUUCACCAAUUUAGAAACUUUGUUAAAGCUAGUUAAUUUAGCUACAAUGAAUACCUUUGUUUUAACCGUUUUCCUCCUAGCUACUGUUGGUACCCUUAAUGGUUACACAAUUCCCGGUCUCGGACAAUCAUCUUACUCAACUGGAUCCUCUGUUAAUGGCGUUAAAAGUCAAUCUUUGACUAAAUACGAAUCAAGUUCUUCCUCAACUGGACCCAAUGGUGUUCUAAUCAAGACCUCUGAAAGUCGAACUUCAGUCAAUGGUGGAGCUCCUUUAGUCAGCAUUAGUCGAGCCACAUCAGCUGAUUCGUCAAACGCUGGUUUACUCGAUGUGUCUGUCCUUUCCAACGGACAAUCUGGCUCUUCCUCCCAAUCAUCACAAUCUUCUUCUAUCCAGGGUUCAUCAGCAACCCCAGUCUCUUCAGCAACUAUCACCGUUGCUCCUAUCGCUACAAGCCCUAUAACUGUUGGAGGCUCAACCACCUCUGGUUCAUCCCAAUCUCAAACCGCAACCUCAUCAAACUCUGGCUCCUCUGCUUCCACUGGUUCCUCAACUGUUUCUGGUAACAGUAACAAUGAUGAUGACGAUGACGAUGAUGACUUCUCAGUUGGAUCUUUUGCUCCACGAAGACCACACCGACAUGCUCCUUGCGAUGCACUCGCUUCCCUUACUGGCUGUAGUGACAAGGUUGUUGUCGUUGUUCUUGGUGGUAAUGGACCUGAAAGUCGAUGGGGACGAAUUGCUCGAGGCUCAUUCAGACGAUCACGAUUUGAUAAUGAUGAAGAAGAUGACGAAGAUAAUGAAAGACGAUACCGAUUUGGUCGAAGAGGCUUACGACGAAGCAGCUUUGACUCACGAUCAUCCAACUCAGACUCUUCAGCUACUCGAUCUUCAUCUUCAUCAGAGAACUCAAACAACUCUGUAGACAACCGACGAUCAUCCUUUGACCGAAGCGAAUUCCUUGCCCGAAAUGAAGCUUUCAGACGAUACCAAGCUGCUCGAGCUGCUCGACGAUCAUCAAGCGAAUCUUCACAAUCUUCUUCUAACUCAUCCAACAACCGAUCAGAAAAUAAUCGACGAGUAACCCGAAGCCACAGUUCAAAUGAAGAUGUCUCAUCUAACGAGUCAAAAAACCGACGAUCAAGCAACUACGAAAAUGAAAUCAAUGAAAUCAACCGAAUUAACCGAAUUAAUCGAAUUAACCGAAUCAACAAUAUUAACUCAGUUAAUGUUCAAAAUGAUGUUCGAUCAGUAGACAACAAAUCUGUUGACAACCGAUCAUCAAACACAAAGAGCUCAACCAAUGUAUCAAACAGUAACAAAGUUUCGGACGUUCGAUCAUCAGUAAACAAUCAAGCUUCCUCAACAAAUGUUUCCAACACCAACAAAUCAUGCAAUAAGGCAUCAUCUAACGUUUCACAGAACUCAAACGUUAAGUCAUCAGUCGAUAAACAAUCUUCAAACAAUGUUGUCCGAUCUUCUGAUACCCGAAGCUCAGUUAAGAACCAAGCUUCAUCAGUCAAUGUUGCCAAUAGUAACAAUGUUAACCGAUCAAGCAAUGUCCAAAGCUCAGUCAAUAAGCAAGCUUCUUCAUCAAACGUUGCAAACUCAAACAACGUUAACCGAUCAAGUUCAGUUCAAAACUCAGUAAAUAACAAAGCAUCAACCAAUAACCAAUCCUACUCCAAUAAUGUUUCAAAGGUCUCAGAUGUCCGAAGCUCAGUUAAUAACAAGGCCAGUUCAUCAAACAUUGCUAACUCCAGCAAUGUUAACCGAUCAAGCAAUGUCCAAAGCUCAGUCAACAACUCAGCUGCUUCAAACAAGGUUUUAAAAUCUUCUGAUGUAAAAUCAUCAACUAACAACCAAGCUUCAUCUUCAAAUGUUGCCAACAGUAGCAAUGUUAGCCGGUCAAGCAACGUUCAAAACUCAGUUAAUAACUCAGUCAAUUCCAACAAGGUUGUAAAAUCUUCUGAUGUAAAAUCAUCAACUAACAACCAAGCUUACUCAUCCAAUGUUGCCGACUCAAAAAACGUUAACCGAUCAAGCAAUGUUCAAAAUUCAGUAAAUAACCAAGCAUACUCCAACAAAGUUUCAAAGGUCUCUGAUGCCCGAAGCUCAGUUAACAACCAAGCUUCAUCAUCAAAUGUUGCCAACAGCAACAAUGUUAACCGAUCAAGCAAUGUCCAGAGCUCAGUAAAUAAGCAAGCUUCUUCAUCAAACGUUGCAAACUCAAACAACGUUAACCGAUCAAGCAAUGUUCAAAGCUCAGUGAAUAACCAAGCAUACUCCAACAAUGUAGCCAGAUUAUCAAAUAUCCGAUCAUCCGUCGAUAACCAAGCCUUAUUAUCAAAUGUUGCUAACACUCUCAAAGCCAUCCGAUCAAACAAUGUCUUGAACUCAGUCAACAACCAAGCUUCAUCAGUCAAUGUUGCCAACAGUAACAUCCGAUCAAGCGCAGUAAACAACAAAGCCUCAACCGCCUCAACUAAUAACCAAGCUUACUCCAAUAAUGUUUCAAAGGUUUCAGAUGUCCGAAGCUCAGUUAACAACCAAGCUUCAUCAUCAAACGUUGCUAAUUCCAGCAAUGUUAACCGAUCAAGCAAUAUCCAAAGCUCAGUCAAUAAGCAAGCUUCUUCAUCAAACGUUGCAAACUCAAGCAAUGUUAACCGAUCAAGCAAUGUUCAAAACUCAGUAAAUAACCAAGCAUACUCCAACAACGUAGCUAGAUUAAGCGAUGUCCGAAAUUCUAUCAACAAUCAAGCUUUCUCAAACAAAGUUUCAAAGGUCUCAGAUGUUCGCUCAUCAGUUGACAACCAAGCCUUAUUAUCAAAUGUUGCUAACACUCUCAAAGCCAUCCGAUCAAACAAUGUCUUGAACUCAGUCAACAACCAAGCUUCAUCAGUCAAUGUUGCCAACAGUAACAUCCGAUCAAGCGCAGUAAACAACAAAGCCUCAACCGCCUCAACUAAUAACCAAGCUUACUCCAACAACGUUUCAAAGGUUUCAGAUGUCCGAAGCUCGGUUAAUAACCAAGCUUCAUCUUCAAAUGUUGCCAACAGUAGCAAUGUUAGCCGAUCAAGCAACGUUCAAAACUCAGUUAACAACUCAGUCAAUUCCAACAAGGUUGUAAAAUCUUCUGAUGUAAAAUCAUCAACUAACAACCAAGCUUACUCAAACAAUGUUUCAAAGUUAUCAGAUACUCGAUCAUCAGUUAACAACCGAGCUUCAUCAGUCAAUGUUGCAAACACCAGCAAUAUCAACCGAGCUAGCUCAGUCAAUAACCAAGCCUAUUCUAACAACGUAGCCAGAUUAUCAAAUGUUGCUAACACUCUUAAAGCCAUUCGAUCAAGCAAUGUCUUGAAUUCAGUCAACAACCAAGCUUCUUCAGUCAAUGUUGCUAAUAGUGACAGCCGAUCAAGCUCAGUAAACAACAAAGCCACCUCAACCAAUAAUCAAGCUUACUCCAAUAAUAACUCAAAGGUCUCCGAUGUCCGAAGCUCAGUUAACAACCAAGCUUCAUCAUCAAAUGUUGCCAACAGCAACAAUGUUAACCGAUCAAGCAAUGUCCAGAGCUCAGUUAAUAAGCAAGCUUCUUCAUCAAACGUUGCUAACUCAAACAACGUUAGCCGAUCAAGCAAUGUUCAAAACUCAGUUAACAACUCAGUCAAUUCCAACAAGUUUGUCAAAUCUUCUGAUGUAAAAUCUUCAGUUAAUAACCAAGUUUACUCAAACAAUGUUUCAAAGGUAUCAGAUGCCCGAUCAUUAGUUAAUAACCAAGCCUUCUCCUCAAACGUUGCAAACUCAAACAACGUUGUAAAAUCUUCAGUCAACAACCAAGCUUCAUCAGUCAAUGUUGCUAACACCAGCAAUAUCAACCGAGCUAGCUCAGUCAAUAACCAAGCUUACUCCAACAAUGUUUCAAAGGUUUCCGAUGUCCGAAGCUCAGUUAACAACCAAGCUUCAUCAUCAAAUGUUGCCAACAGUAACAAUGUUAACCGAUCAAGCUUUGUCCAAAAUUCAGCCAAUAACCAAGCCUUUUCUAACAAAGUAGCCAGAUCUGCAGACUUCCGAUCAUCAGUAGAUAACCAAUCUUUCAACAAAAAUGUUGUUAACUCAAACAGCAUUAGCCAAUCUAAUAGCAAUAUCCAAAACUCUGUAAAUAAUGAAUUUAGCUCAAACAAAUUCGCCCGUUCACUCAGUGACAUCAGAAACUCAGAAUCAUAUCUUAACAGUCAUUCCUCUGACAUCCGAAACUCAGUUAACAACUUAGCCUCAAGCAAAUUUGUCAGUCAAGUUGCCAACAGUAACAUUGCCAACUCAGUUAACAAGGCUUUCUCAUCAAGCGAUGUACGAAACUCCUUGAACGCUGUUAACAAUCAAUUCAGUUCAAACAGCCUUAAUCAAUUCUCAGACAUCCGAAACAAUCACGCUGCAAGCAGUUACCAAAAUUCACUAAACAAACAAUCUAGCUUCGAUGCUUCAAACUCAGCCUCAGGUCUCGUCAAGACUGUCACUGGUUCAUCAGGUAACAGUGGACUAGUUGGCAAUGUACUCAAUACUGCCACUGGUCUUCUCGGUGGAUCAGGAUCAUCCUCAUCUUCCUACAGUUCAUCAUCUAACUCAGGAAAAGGAUUAGUUGGUAAUGUACUCAGUACUGCCACUGGUCUUCUUGGUGGAUCAGGAUCAGGAUCAGGAUCAGGCUCAUCUUCCUACAGUUCAUCAUCCAACUCAGGCAAUGGAUUAGUCGGUAAUGUACUCAGUACCGCUACCGGUCUUCUCGGAGGUGGAUCAGGAUCAGGAGCAUCUUCCUCAUCUUACGGUUCAUCAUCUAACUCAGGAAAAGGAUUAGUCGGUAAUGUUCUCGGUGCUGCCACUGGUAUUCUCGGUGGAUCAGGAUCAGGAUCAUCCUCAUCUUCCUACAGUUCAUCAUCUAAAUCAGGCAAUGGAUUAGUUGGUAGUGUUCUCGGUACCGCUACUGGUCUUCUUGGUGGCUCAGGAUCAGGAUCAGGAGCAUCGUCCUACAGUUCAUCAUCUGGUUCAGGCAAUGGAUUAGUCGGCAAUGUUCUCGGUACCGCCACUGGUCUCAUCGGAGGUGGAUCAGGAUCAAGAUCAUCAUCUUCAUCAUACAGUUCAUCAUCUAGCUCAGGCAAUGGUUUAGUUGGUAAUGUUCUCGGUGGUAUUCUCGGUGGAUCAGGAUCAGGAUCAGGCUCAUCAUCUUACAGUUCAUCAUCUGGUUCAGGUAAUGGAUUAGUUGGUAAUGUUCUCGGCACCGCUACCGGUCUUCUUGGAGGUGGAUCAGGAUCAGGAGCAUCUUCCUCAUCUUACAGUUCAUCAUCUAACUCAGGGAAAGGAUUAGUUGGUAAUGUCUUAGGUACUGCUACCGGUCUUCUCGGAGGUGGAUCAGGAUCAUCAUCAUCUAACGGUGGACUUCUUGGUAUCCUUGGUUAAAUAAUUUAAAUUAAAUAUGCAUGUCUAUACAAAUUUAUUAAUAAACUUUAACCAAUAAUGUUAAAAA